AUGUUAAAUAUACCCACAAAAUCAUGCAAUAUUUACUAUGUUUUAGUUUAAAUCAAAUCGUGAUUUUGUAAUUAUAUUUAAUUUGUCUUCACCGUAGUAUAUUUUCAUACAGGAAUUCGCGUCAUCGCCCCAGUUUUCGUAAAUACCUGAGUGUGCAUAAGCAUUAGGCCCGGCGUGAACGCAAUGCGCAAGCUGUAUAAAUCGACUGCAGAAAGUGAUAAUAUUUUUUCAAUAAAUUUCGAAUAUUAUGUUACAUAAAAAUAUAUGUUCAUGACACAAAUAUUUUGUAUUGAGCGGGAAUCGAACAUGCAACCUCUGUUAUAGCGUACCGAACUACCGGUACGCCACUACUCCAUAGGAGCAUUGUUUUCUCGGUACGUAACGUUUGCGAUGGGCCUAACCUUAUUGCUGAAUUAUCAAUAUUUUCCCUUUAAAUUUGGGGGCUCGCAGUAUGAGCUUCAUUCUGUAUUUCGAAGUGCUUCAGAAGGAGGAACUAGCUCCAGUGACGUCACAUCUUGAGUAAAUUGUGAGUGUUCAAUAUGUCUGACUCAGAGUUUGAAUCCACAUUCGGUGGGAGUUCCACCUCCAUCAUCGCUAACCCUCGUAAACAUACGAAGAAGAGGAAGACUGCGCCAACUUCAUCAAGAUCAGACUCUGAGUGUGAAACUGUGCAGCCAGCAGCGCUGAAAAAGAAACCUGUAGCUUCUAGACCUCGAGCUCCAACGAAGAGUUCUACGGAUCUGUUCGGGCUACUAUCCGACGAAGACGAAAGUGUCGCCAUCGAAAACUCUCAACGACUAAAAGUCGGUCGUCAGCAGCUGGACAGCAGCCUGACCUCGAAGGUGGCCAACGGUGUCGUGCGGCGAACGGUUCCGCUCGAGGGCGCUUAUUACGUGGAGGUGCGUGUUUACAACACCAGGGACGCGCUCAAGACGCCGCCCGCGGAUCGCUACAAGAAGACGCUGCACACGCUGAAGGUUCAGCUUAACACCGAAACAUCGCAGUGGCGGGAUCUUCAAAAAUUUAUGAAGACCACGAAGAAAUUGUUUGAAGACCGCGAGCCAAUAUUUUAUAAUAAUAAAAUAAACUUUAAAUCUUAGUUUUAAGUUAGUUAGUUCUAUUCUGAGAAUGAUUUAAAAUAAAUAGCAUCUAAUAUAUUUUUUGUUGCAUUUUCCUAUAGGCUUUUAAGUUUAGUCAUAUAUGAACAUCAAGAGUUAGACUCUCGUUAAUUUUCUGUUAAAUCUUAAACCUAAAUCUUCUUUUAGAAUUUAUAAGCCAUAGUUUGUUGUAUAAUUCAUAAAUUGUGUAAUUCCCGUUAACUGUACUACGUUAUUGUUUACUAGUAAAAUACCUAAAGACGUUAUUUCAGCUUAAAGUGUAUUGAUAACAUGCCUUUUUGUACUGCUUGUGGUACCCGCGUGGAAAAUACGCAUUGGAUAGGUCACUUGAGGAGUAAUGCGCACAAAAACAAAUGUGCGGUUCCGGUAGAAGACGGAGUACUUAAGGUAACCUCUGCAUUUAAAGGUCGUAUUGCAUCAUUUAGAAUUCCAGCAAAUGUGGAACACGAGUCAACUUUACCGGAUAUAUUUUUAAACAGUAAACGUGGAAAAUUAUGUAGUCUUAUCGAAAAGUCGUUAAAAAAAUACGUAAGUUUAAAGAUAAAUAUUGAGUAUUUUGCUAAUUUCAUUUUACUAAAAAAUGAUUCCCAAGACGUUAAAUCUUUUGCCACUAAGAAUAUAACAAUACAUCGUAACUUUAACUGGAACCAAAUAUUUGACUCUGUUGUUAAUAACUUGUGUAAAAAAGUUGAAGAAUUUCAGGACCGUGACAGUGGGUGGGCCUUUCUAAAUAACAUUUAUGUAGAGAUUAAUAUCAAUAAAUUCGAUCCUUUAAGUGGUUCAGGUUCUAGUUAUAUGGAUUUGCCAUUAUAUUUAAAAAAGAAAAAAGCAUGCAUCAAUAUCCAAAACAAAGAUAGCUUUUGUUUUUUAUGGAGCGUUGUCGCAGCCCUGUAUCCUGCAAAACGCAACGGAGAUCGUCCAUCGUCCUAUCCUAAUUUUCAAGACGUAUUGAAUAUUGAUGGUCUAAACUUCCCUGUUACUUUCACAGAUAUAAGAACAUUUGAAAAAAAUAAUCAAAAUAUAUCCAUAAAUGUAUAUUCCUUAAAAAGUAAUCGCAUUGUGGGUCCAAUUUACAGAUCUGAGUUUAAAAGAAAAACAAGGAUCAAUUUAUUAUUACUUGAAAAGGGAAACAAAUCGCACUAUGUUUUAAUAAAAAAUUUGUCACGUCUUGUUCGUACUCAAAUAACAAAGCAUCAUGGCACGAUAUACUUUUGUGAUGAUUGUAUGCUGUUUUUUUCGUCUGAAGAGAAACUUAAUAGUCACACUUGUUGCGGUGUGACUACCGUGCUUCCGGAACAUGGUAGUUGUCUUCAUUUUAAAAAUUUUAAUCGGAAACAGGAUGUUCCUUUUGUGGUGUACGCCGACUUUGAAACUCUACUUAAACCAAUAACGACUUGUGAGCCUGAUCCAAAUUGUAGUUUUACGUUAAAUCGUACACAACACAUUCCAGCAGCUUUUGCUUAUCGCAUUGUUUGCUCAUUUGAUAGCAAACUUAAUCGAUUCAUUUCGUACCGCGGUCGCGACUGUGUUCAAAAAUUUCUCAAAUGUCUGUAUAGAGACGUAGAAAAAAUUUAUGAAAUUUUAAACGUUGAAGUGCCAAUGGUGUUUAACGAAAGUGAUGCCAAAAUGCAUGCCAAAGCUGACGUGUGUCAUAUUUGCAAUAGUCUCCUGCUAUUUGACAAAGUAAGAGACCAUUGUCACUUGACAGGCUGCUACCGAGGUGCUGCUCACCAGUACUGCAAUUUACAGUACAGUCUCCCAAAACUAGUUCCUAUUUUUUUUCAUAAUUUAGCAGGCUAUGAUUGUCAUUUAUUCAUUAAGGAAUUGGCUGAUAGUUUGGGUCCUAUUAAAGUAAUACCUAAGAAUAAAGAAAACUAUAUUUCAUUCACAAAAUUUUUAAAAAUGUCUG